AUGGCGAUCAAGCACAACAACCAGAUUCUCAACCAGCACUUCCACAAGGACUGGCAGCGUCGUGUGCGCGUGCACUUCGACCAGCCUGGCCGCAAGCACCGCCGUCGUGAGGCCCGUCUCGCUAAGGCCGCCGCUGUUGCUCCUCGUCCGGUUGACCAGCUGCGCCCCGUUGUGCGCUGCCCUACCGUCAAGUACAACCGCCGUGUCCGUGCUGGCCGUGGUUUCACCCUUGCUGAGCUGAAGGAAGCUGGUAUCCCCAAGAAGCUCGCUCGCACCGUCGGUAUCGCCGUUGACCACCGCCGUGUCAACUACUCCAAGGAGUCGCUCGUCGCCAAUGUUGCUCGCCUCCAGGACUACAAGGCCCGCCUGAUCCUCUUCCCCCGCAAGAGCGGUCAGUUCAAGAAGCUUGACUCUUCCGCUGAGGAGGUCAACGCUGCCAAGGCUGCUUUCGCCGAGGGCAAGACCGAGGGCUUCGCCACCCGUGUCGGUGGUGCCCUCCCCAUCAAGAACGCCACUCUCGAGGAGGCUGUCACCGAGGUCAAGCGUGACGACCUUCCCAAGGGCGAGGAGGCUGCUUACCGCCGGCUGCGUGAGGCCCGCAGCGAGGCCCGCUACAAGGGUAUCCGGGAGAAGCGUGCUAAGGCCAAGGCUGAGGAGGAGUCUGCCGCUAAGAAAUAG